GAUGGAAAGGAGAGGUUGGAAUUGCGCCGUACUCACACCUGGGCUUUCCGGGAGGUAUCUGAACGCAAACACGGCCAGAUUCUGUCCGAAGAGUGCCAGUGUGAAUGUGCCCUCUGAGUGAUUUUCCAGAGGAAAAGAACGCCAUCGGGUUUUGGAAUUGGCACCACGUUUUCAGGUCGGGAUGAGGCAAUGGGAUUUGAGGCUUCAACGGUCGGGAUCGGUGGUAAAGGUCUGAAGCUCCGACGGUCUGACUGACAAGGCGCAGAUUUGUGUUGAAGUCUCAGCAAAAGCUUUUGACUCUGAAGGGGGGGGAAAACAAAAGAGAAAAAACAAAAACUUUGGCUCUGAAGGGGGAGGAAAAAAAAACCCUCCGGACUUGACAGAGUGGCCAGCUCAACGGCAGAACAACAGCGAGUCGUCCUUGAGGAUGAACAGAAACUGCUCUGAGAGUUCUGUGUGCGUGUGUGUGUGUGUGUGUGUGUGUGUGUAUAUGUGUAUGUGGAGGGGGUAGGGGUGGUGGGGAAACGUGAUUUGAUUUGAUUUGAUUGAUUGAUUGGUUCCUUGUCGGGAUAGUAUAGCAGGGAGAAGGUGGAGGUGGAGUGACCACUGGCUUUUGACGAAGGCGAAAGUCCGACUCACUCGACGACCAAGGAGCAAGUUCUUUCUUUGAGACCUCUUGAAAAUGUUUUGCCCGAAUUGUUCGCCCGCUUUGCACACAAGCAAUGGCGUCGUCGAUAAGGCAUUCUCAAGGAGUGGGAUCUUCGGAGACCGAUUACGUAUUGGAGCGUCUGAAACGUUGGUUUCAGAUGGCCCGGUCCUGAGAUUGUCUGCGAGACCUGUAUAUGGUGCUGCUUCUCGAAGUUCGAGGAGAAUGGAUUGUGUGGGGAAGAAAAUGCUUGUUGCGAUGGCAGGAGGCUAUAAUACUACUGGUGCUUUUCCUGAAGGAGUCCAGGAGUCGUCAAGGGGAAGGCAUGUGCCAACUCUCCGUUCCAAAGGGACUGCUCCAGUUGGUGCCACGCUGAAGGUUUCCGAGCCCGUGCACAGUUCCAAUGAUCGACAAGGUGAUGAUCCGUCAUUGCCACAGCUGAAGCCAGCAAAAUCACAAGACAUGCCAGGCAAGAGGAGGAGGAAGAAGCGUCUCUCAGACUAUGGUCUGAUGAACCGGAUUGAAGUCAAUGACGAGGAUCGCGUGGGCCGUGUUGUAUGGAAGCUCCUCGUGAAGAUGCAGAAUGCAAAAAGUAAGGAGGAGCUGGAGGAGUGUCUGGAGGACCACUGUGGGAACGAUCGCGCAAAGAAAGAGGACGUCCUUCGUGCCUGCAGGGAGUUGAGAAACAGUUACGAUUGGCAGCGCGUCGCCCAGACAUUUUACUGGAUGUUGCGCUACCCUGUGUUCAAGCCCGAUGUCGACACAUUCAAUCUUCUGAUGGAUGUAUGCUGCAAGCUGAAUAAGUAUGGCGAAGCAGAGGCGGUUUUCCGUUCAAUGGAUGAAGUCAUGUGCAUGCCCAACGUGACCACAUACAAUGUGAUGAUGAACGUUUAUCGAAAAUCGGGCGAGACAAAAAAGGCAGAGCUGUUGUUCACGAGGUUGAAGGCCGCGGGUUACAGACCGGGUCUGGUGACGUACAAUACGAUCAUAGACAUGUUUGGAAAAGCAGGCCUUGUUUCGAAAGCCGAAGAAGUGUUUGAAGAGAUGAUCGAGAGGCGUUGUUUUCCUGUCGAACGCACGUAUAUCUCCUUGAUUAACAUGUACGGAAGGGCGCAGAUGGCCGACAAGGCGGAGAAAAUGUUCAGGGAGAUGAAGGGGGCACUGAGGACGGCAGACUUACGGGCGUACACGGCGUUGAUUAGCGCGUUUGGACGGAACGGAUUAAUUGAAAAGGCAGAAGCAGCAUACGAUGAGAUGACCAGAGAUGGCGUGAACCUUACACCCGAUGUUUACUGCUUGAAUGCGCUGAUGGACGCGUAUUGCAAGGGCGGAAGACCUGCUGCAGCCGAGGGGGUUUUCACAGAGAUGCAAGCAAGAGGUCUUCAACCCGACGAAGCAACCUACAAUAUUUUGAUCGAUGCGUACGGUCGACAAGGACUUUGUGAAGAUGCGGAGGCGGUGCUUGAAAAAAUGGUGGCAGAGGGUCUUAGACCAGGUCUAACUUCGUACACGGUGUUGCUGACCGGGCUAGCGAAAGCGGGCCGGAUCGACGAUACCGAGAGGAUUUUCAAAGAGUUGCAGCGCCAUGGUCUUCAACCUGAUACCUAUCUCUAUAACUCCCUCUUGACGGCCUACGGAACAUCUCAGCAGUACGACAAAAUGCUAUCUCUGGAGGCAAGGAUGAGGGCUGAAAUCGGCUCCGGACAGCCGCAUGUGCGGCUUGACGUCUCAACAUAUAACACCUUGAUUCAUGUGAACUGUGAACUGGGGUUGACAGAACGAGCGGAGGAACUGUUUGCGGAGGUCAGCGAUGUUGGAUUGACACCGGAUUCCACGACGUGGACGGCGCUGAUUGGCGGAUAUGCGAAGAAGAAACUUCUCCGGAAGUGCUUGCAAUUGUUCAAGAAAAUGGUUGCUGCUGGGUGCACACCUGAUCGCGCAACGUCACGGGUGCUGCUGUCGGCGUGCAGAAGCCCUGAGCAAGUAGAGGAGGUCACUAAACAGUUUGCUACAGCUUCGUCUGUGCUCCAAUCAGAGUGAGUUAGCGAUGAGAGUGAGUUAGGGGGAAAAAAAAAGAGUGAGUUACACUUGGCUUGGGAGAAGGAAGAAAGGAGGGAAGAAGGAGAAAGGAAGAGGAGGGGAGGAGGAGGGGAAAGAGAAAAGAUGUAUUUUUUUGCCAAUAUAAUAUAAUAUUCUGUAUCCUACACAAGUCAUUAUAUUGCAAUUUUCAUCUUCAAAAUUCUUGAAAUGCGGGAUCAUCUUGAAACGUCCUCUUCCAGUUUACUCAGAUCUUGCUUCCAGUUUGUGUGUCAAGUUUGUGAAUUUUGUGCCUCAUCGUCAAACAGAGUAUAUAUAUAUCAGGUACCUUGAGGGCAGUGGUUGGUGCCCACCUCAGGGUAUCAGUUGUCGGGAAGUCGGUGAUGCUUAAUGAGAGAAGGUUAACGGAGACCAUAAUUUUCAGACCACUUGCCAUGUCAUUUAUAAGAAAACCGAAGGGUCAUUUUAAUCAAACUUGCAACCAAUU